AUGGCUAAGGAUUAUGAUUUCGGGAUUACCAUUAUCCAUGACCCAAAUGCGUCUGCUACCGCAGGCAAAUCCCAGGCCCAUGAAAUCGCUUUCGAUCUGGUCGCGAUCCAUGGCCUAAAUGGGGACCCCUUCCGGACGUGGACUCACCCUGAAACUGCAGUAAUGUGGUUGAGAGAUCUGUUACCUGAGGCGAUCCCCAAUAUUCGUAUCAUGACCUUCGGAUAUAAUCCUCGCUUCAAGAAUUUCACUGAUAAAAGCGGGGAUUUGUGCUUAGCCACUGCAAAGGCGCUGGUGAUGGGCUGUACCGAAGCGCGAGAGCGCGUACAAGAGUCUGUAUGUGGCAUCUUAUUUCUCGGUAAGAUGUUCAGAAGCAGUUUCACGCCCGGCGUCUCUGAUCAGCAUUCAGGCACGCCUCAUAAGGCCAGCAGCCCUGCAGCCAUGGGAAAAGUCCUGGCUAAUAUCGUCUUUGCGUUCUCGCCCAUAAGAGCUCCUCUAGCGCUUAUUAGGACGUUCAAGGAGGAAUCGGAACUCCUGCUGGAGAUUACUGAAGACUUUCUUCAGAGGAGGGAAAGGAUUCACCUCGUAUCCUUCUACGAGCUGGAGUCGACCUCCAUUGGUCCUUUCCUAAGAAAACUUAUUGUCGAGCAGCGCUCCGCAAUUUUCAAUGUUCCCCUCGAGACCACUGUUCCCCAAUUUGCCGACCACAAGAAUAUUGCUAGGUUCAGCUCUUCGGAGGAUCGGUCGUUCCUCCCUGUACUUUCGCAGCUGAAAGAAUUUGCUCGGGUCGUAUGCAGUGACCGUGCCAGUAGGACACGAUCAUUCACAGCCACCGAUCAAAAUAAGGGUAGAAGCUUGGGAUACUCCGUAAGGCAUGCUGACUCCCAAACAGAACCUUCUAUUCCGUUCGACGUGGAUAUCCAACCGUGCUCAUCUCUCCGUGGAAGAGAGGACAUAUUUGAUAUGCUGAGCAGGUACUUCCGCACAGAUCAGACGCAAGCACCAACGAGACGGACAUUUGGAAUAUGCGGCCUGGGGGGUGUUGGAAAAACACAGAUAGCUUUGCACUAUGCACUCCAAAAUUUGUCGAAAUACAAAUCGGGCGUCGCGUUUAUAAAUGCGACAUCACCGGCCUCGCUUUCCGCACAUUUUGAUCGCUUAAAUGAUCUUCUUAGAUUGGGGGACUCUAGGGAUAAAAUAGGGGCUGUUAGAAGUUGGCUAUCUCGGCCUGAAAAUAGUAGCUGGCUCCUAGUGUUCGAUAACGCUAAUGAUCUGAAUACGGCACCACUUCAUAAGUAUUUCCCAGCGGUGAAUUGGGGCCACAUCAUUAUCACCAGUCGCGACCAGGCGGUGAUUGGCAGCAUAGCCGACGACGGUCACGUCCUGAAUCACCUGGGAGAAAAUGACGCAGUGCAAUUACUACUCCAGAAGUCGGGAAUCCAACACCCUACCGAAGAUGCUUUGGAAGAUGCAAAGAAGGUCGCAGGUCUUCUCGGGUAUCUCCCACUGGCUCUAGUGCAGGCCGGGGCGUUCGUUCGCUCGAGACAUCGAAGCCUUGGGGAAUAUCGUAAGCUGUAUAUGACUCGAAGAGAUGAUUUACUUAACUUUGCUCCACGCCUCGGAACUGGAAAGGCAGUUUUAGCAACAUGGGAAACCAAUUUUAAACAAGUGGAGCUGGAGUCCUCGGGAGCUGCCUGUCUGCUCUAUCUCUUCUCUUUUUUGCAGCCAUUUUCCAUUCCAGAGGUGCUUCUACAACGAGGUUCCUGUCCCCAAAAACGGUGGAGUGAGGAUGGCGAAAUAACGGAGAUUUCCGCUGAAAACGAAGGGGUAGAAACAGAGUUGGUCAAGGUCAUACAAGACGUUUUUGAGUUUGAUACCGCAGUAGAGAAGCUACUUUCGUUCUCGUUGAUCUCAUGCAAAAGAGAAUCGGGUGGGCUUAGAAGCUUUUCUAUUCAUCCGCUUGUCCAGCACUGUGCUGCAAGAAGGUUAUCCCCAUCAGACGUCAGAAAGUGGCGAUGGCAAGCUCUUUUGCUUGUCUGCCAUGCAUUUCCGAGGAGCCGCUACCUUGACCCGCUAAAUGGAGAGGUUGGGAGGACUUUGCUACCUCAUUUGAGUCGAGUCAUUUCCGAGUAUGAUGCCAUGUGUCUCGAGCACGGAGAUCAGGUUUCCUUCCGGUUCGAACUUGCAUCGACACUUCUCGCCGCUUCACGAUUUUCAAACGCAAAAUGGAAAUUCGAGGCAAUUGAUCGUACCAAGAAGCUCCUGGAAGGCAACUAUGACCCUUUCCUUAACGCCUGGCUAGCAUAUAGGGAGAGUUCGGUAAGGAGAAUGUCAGGAGACCAGGAGGAGUCGGAGAACGUCCUACAUCGGUUCCCGCGCGACACGGCUGCGCCUAAAGGGGAAGAAUUGGAGCCGAGUAGGAGAUAUAACGCCCAACGUGGAGAGCUUAUUAUUUCCUUUGCGGAGAAUCUAAUUCGCGAAGGGAAGUUCGCUGAAGCGAAAACGCAGUUGUUGCAGUGGGAGCCGCUGGGAAUACCCCCUUCAUCUCUUGAAAAGAUAACCUCUAGAGCCCGAGACAUAACCCUGGGUAAGAUCCUUCGAUUCCGGGGCCUCUUCACUGAAGCCCAUACUCUGCUCGACCGUAUCCUUCAAGGCUGCCUUCUUGAAGACUACUUCGAGGGCACUGGCUGGUAUCGGGUCCUCUUGUCCGAGGUAGCAGACCUGCUUUGCGAGCUAAAUCAGCCGGAUGAGGCCGAAAAGCUCUUGCUUCAUGAAUUGAACCCCAUGCGCGAGAGGGGGACUCAAAACAUUGCCACGGGCCGGCGGCUACAGCUGUCGCUUGCGGAAACCUACCUGCAACGAAACAUGUUUGCUGAGGCGGAGGAACUUCUGCUUGAGCUUCAACGUGCAUUUUCGUUGUCUGGUGAGCCGGGCUAUAAUGUUAAAUUUAACAAUUUCCGUGUUUGGAGUUCACUGGCGAGGAACUCCCAUAAACAAUUGGAGUGGGAGCGAGCUCUUCCACGUUGGAGGGAGGCUUUAUCGGCCCUGGGGGCCCUCGGGCUGGAUGGAAGUUUCAAUGCUGGUAUCGUACGCUGUUCUAUCGCCCAUGCACUGUUAAUGACUGCCUGCGAGACAGAGAGUGCGUCUAUGUUGCAAGAGGCAAAAACAAAUAUGGCAACAGAUGAUCGAGUAUAUUGGAUUCCCAUGUUCAACUCCAACUGGCAUGAGUACAUUAUCAAAACAAUUGAAGAACAUGAGGAGAAGGAGCAAGAUGUCUAG